GUUGUCCGCCGGCAGGAGAACGUCGCAUCAUCAGCAUCACCUAUUCUCAAUGACAAAACAUUACCCAAACCAUUUCGUUUUCCUCGCAAGGUUACGAACAGCAACCUCCUUGACAGAAGAUAAAGAUGAAUCGCUGCUCUUUGGACAACAACAAUUUUCCUUAUGACAACAAUGUCCUGGUUCUGGACAUGGUGCUGGGCUCCCUUUGGGGACUGACCCAGCCCAUAGACUGGGACAGUGUGGCCAAGCUAGUUCCGGGCUUCACUCCCAAGGAGUGUGCUGUUCGCUUUGAGGAACUGAAAAGCUCUGGAGGUCUUCCUCAUCUAGACAACCAGUGUAACUCCGUGACAGCAGAUGAGCCUAACAAUGGACUACCUACCAUGUUGGACACCGGCCGCAAACCGUCACCCUCAGAAAGUGUUUGUGCUUUGGAGAAGAAAGACAAAAGAGAUCUUAACAUGGUCAUUCACGUGUGUGACGAGGCCAAGAACCUGAAGCAGGACUUCACGUGUCCCAGAGACCUUCUCGUCAAAGAGAUGCGCUACUUCGCUGAGUAUUUGUCUGUGGACUCGCAGAGAUGGGAGGAAGUGGACAUCUCAGUUCAUUGCGAUGUUCAAAUCUUCGACUGGCUCAUGAACUAUGUCAGGAGGAACUCAUCUAAGGACAAACCUCGGCUCGAGCCCAGCAAUGUGAUCUCAAUCCUGAUCUCCUCCGAGUUCUUGAAGAUGGACAUGUUAGUGGAAGAGUGUAUCCAGUACUGUCACAAACACAUGAGUGCCAUCGUGGCCACACCUUGCAACAUGAACUGCAUCAACAGUAACCUGGCCUCACGGAUUGCCAAGCUCUUCAACCACAAUGAGGCAGACGACAUCAGGGACAAAAAAGACAAGUUCAAGAGCAAACUGUUUCAGAAGAAGAUUGAAAGUCUCUUUGACCCGAACUACCAGAACCGAGAUUCACCAGGAGACGCCUCAACUCUUUACAGGUGUGGUCUGUGUUUGAAAAUGCUGACUGAAGAUACGCAGAGGAAGAUUUCUUGUUUGUCAGGAAAAAUCAACAUUGACUAUCACGGAGAGAUUGUCUACACCCACUCAAGGCAGAAGAACUGGGAUGCCAAUGAAUACAUCAGCAGUCUCUAUGAGGAGCUCAAAUCCUGGGUCCUGGUCUACUGGAGAAUCUGGGGAACCAUCAACUGUCUUACUUGUUCCCGUUGCCAACAGGAGUUUGUGUGUGCAGAGCUGACCCACUGCCAGUACCACCCAGAAAGUGUGAUGUACCCAAGCACGGGUUCUGACAAAAGCUGGAAUGGAGCAGGAAUCUAUCCGUGUUGCAACCAGACGGUACUCCGCUUUGACCCCACUGGUAUGGUAAAGGGUUGUAAGAUGCGAGAUCAUAUCGUGAACGUACCAAAUGAAGAGAAUUGCGACAAGGUCACCUCCGCCCACACCCGAGUCCUCAAUGAUCUGCUGCUGCACCGCGACGCAGUGUGUGCGCCUAACUCACUGCCUGCUGAUGGAUCUGAAGAGUGCCCAAGCAGUGCAGAGAAGGACUGUGACGUCUUCUUGGAGCCAACACUCCUCGGACCCCUGAGAGCAGAAGGCAACACUUUUUCUCUUUUGAAAAACUGGAGUCUUCAACUGAGGCAGCAGUCUCAACUGUCAGAAGACGAGGAGUAUACUACAGGGUCAGAGGUCACUGAGGAUGAGGUGGGGGAUGAAGAGGAGUUGUCCAAAAAACAAGCUGCCAAGAAAGCCAAAAAGAACAACAGAGCUUUAAAAAAACAAAUGUCCUCUCCUAACCUACACAGAAAAGUCAAACCAGACAAACAGCUGUGCAAGGACAACACUCCUUUCACAGUGAGUGUUCAGAAAAGUAAGUGGGACAGUUCUCGCUCCCUGCGGUACAACCAGGAUGCUCAGAGGGAGGAAGACCAGCGUCGUAUGGCCGAGAUUGUCAGCUACCUCACCAACAUGCGCUUUGGUGGCCAGGAGCUGAACAAGGCCAAGGACACUAAAGAGCCAGCAGGCGGAAUCUACUCCCGACUGGAAGUGCAGUUCAAGAGCACCUCUCAGAGCAGACAAAGUUUGGAGAAGACACCAAGACCUAAAAUACGCUACGCUCAGAUCCGGACCACGUAGAGCAGCAGGUCUAUGGACAUUGAUGAAGAAGAUUGACCUGAGCUUUGUCCAGUGAUCUAAAAAGGUUCUCCACUACCCCCCACCCCCACCCUGCUCCAGCCAGUCAUCCCCUCUGCUACACUAAGGUGGUCGUGUCGUGUUUGUGCAGCUGUGCUCUGUCCUUGAAAAACAAGGAGCUCCCCGGACUUCACUAAACUGUGAGAUCGUUCUCUUUGACUGCAGGAGCGGCUUCUCAAGUGAAUCUGGACCAUUUAUUUUUGUACCACAUAAAGUGGGAGGCAGGCAGGAAGGACAACGUGACUUUUAGUAGUUGUGGAGCGUUUAGACGUGCAUAUGAACACAUCAGUCCAUUCACUGACCAUUAACAUCUACACUUGUUGGAGUGUUGAUUAUUGAAGAAUGGUGUCUGAGGUCAAACUACUUUCUGUGCUACAAGGAGCUGAGCUGCAACUUUAGUUGAAUCUGAGGAAGAAAACAACACAUUUUGAAUAAUUUAUUUAAUUAAUCUUUUUUCUUUUUUUUUUAAAUGCAAAUCCUCCCAUGUCAAACAAGGAAAUUCAGUCAAAUGUCCACAAUGUUGGCAAGUGUAGUCAUGAAUACAUCACUAUUAUCUUUUUGUUCGCUAGAGGGCAGUGAUAUGCCAUUUCUCGGUCAACACAUCCAGUUUUGACUUCCAAUUUAUAACUGCUUUCUUCACUUGGCAUCUA